UUUUUCAAAAUUUUGCAUGGCGAAGUGUGAGCACGUUCUCUGUUCUCUCUCCCAAGGUUCAAACGCUUUUUUAAAAAUCGUUGGUGAAAAUUUUUGUAAAUUAUAAUGUUCCACGGUUAUUGUAUAAUGUAAAGAUUGUUGUAGUGUAGUUAGAGUUUUCGUCAAGCUUGCUAUUUUAUUGAUCAAGUUACCGGUGCACUUCGAUUUACGUCAAGCAGUGUUUCUAAAUAUUCACGAUGGGUUAUUAUUUAUCACGUCCGAAGAAAGACAAGGAAUCGGAAGAUCGGCAGAAUAAGAAAAUUAUGUACGGUGCGAGUUCGAUGCAGGGCUGGCGUCUUAAGCAAGAAGAUUCUCACAAUUGUAUAUUAGAUUUCGAUGAAGAAACAUCUCUGUUCGGCGUGUACGACGGACACGGUGGCGCAGAAGUGGCCAUAUACACAUCGGAAAAGCUACCAGGGUUCAUAAAGGAAAACGACGAGUACAAGAGUGGCGAUUAUGAGAAAGCAUUAAUCUCGGCGUUUUUAGAAUUCGACGAUACCCUUACGUCGAAAACAGCUAUAGCUCGACUGAACGAGAUAAUUCAGAGUGACAAGGAGAACGACAGCGAUGAACGAGAAGAAUCCAGUACUGGCACCCUGUUGUUCUCAGAAGCCAAUGCUCAAUGUUCUCAUUCUGGGAAGAAUGAUGAUGACGAUGACGACGACGACGCAGAUUACGAAUACGGUGACGUUGAUCCGGAAAUCGAAAAUCCUGAUUCAUUACGACGUGACGCCAGUCGACCGUUGGAAGAAGUAAUGGCUUCCUAUCGUAUUCCCAAUGUUGGUAAAUUAAUCGCCGGCGAACGAGGCAUGAAACCAGCAUCACCUUACUUGAGAGGUCGUCGAGAUGGUGCCGGCAGUAGCGGAGACUGCAGUUCUAGUAGUAGCUAUGCUGGAGAAUGCAGUUCUAGUUUUAAUCAACCUGGACCCAGCUCGUCGAACGAAUGCUCGUCUAGUACUUCUCUCAGUCGAACCAGUAAAGUUGAAGUUAACGGCAGUGGAGAUGCUGAAGCUGAAUCCUCGGUGAACGGUGAACCUGAGCAAACUAGUUCGAAAGCUACUUUGAAAGAACAAUCUGAAGAAAUUUCAGAAUCAUCGAAAAGUUCCAAGGACGAAUCGUCCAAAAGUUCUAAAGACGAAUCGUCAACCAACGGUCCCAACGAAUCGUUGGUCAACGGCUCAGCUAACGUUAACGGUGACAUAACCGAUGAAGUAGGAACCUCAACAAAGGAAACUCCUACGAAAGAAUCACCAUCCGAAUCUGAUGAAGCGCCUUCCUGCAGUACGCCCUCUAAAAAGAAAAAACUUGCUUUGACCGAUCUAGACGAUAGCGACGUGGUGAAAAAUUUUAUCACCAAGGAAGAAAUAGACGAAGCUGAUGAGGAUGAUUCCGAAGACGAAACUUUCGAAGUUGAUGAUGGUGCCGAAAGUGAUUCCGACGAUGAUGACGAUUUUGAAUACAAGGAGAGUUUAUUUACCAAGCUGAAAAGACGAUUGUGUCAGGUUGCUAUGCAGGCUGACGCUAUAGUAGAUGACGACGACGACGAUGACGAUGAUGAUGAAGAAUCUGAUCAAUCUCACUUACCGAUUGAAAUUGACGAAGAAGGCGAAGAAGAGGAAGACGAUGAAGAAGAAGCAGAAGAUGAAGAGGAAACUGAGGAAGAUGAAAGUGACGAAGAAGAUACUAUCGAUUUAUUCAGCGAUGGUUCUGCCAAUCCUGGAGCUGAAAGCGGAUGCACAGCGGUAGUCGCCUUGAUUAAAAAUGACACUCUGUACGUUGCCAAUGCCGGAGAUUCUCGUUGUGUAAUUUGUAAAGAUGGCAAAGCCGUUGAUAUGUCCGAAGAUCACAAACCUGAAGACGAACCGGAAAGAGCACGUAUAGAGAAAGCCGGUGGAAAAGUAACCGAUGAUGGUAGAGUCAACGGAGGACUGAAUUUAUCAAGAGCCUUAGGUGAUCACAGUUACAAAAGAAAUACCACAUUAACCAACAAAGAACAAAUGAUCAUCGCUUUACCGGACAUUCGCACUUGCAAAUUGGAACCAGAUGUUGAAUUUAUUGUUUUAGCCUGUGACGGUAUUUGGAACUCGAUGACCAGUCAAGAAGUAGUUGAUUUCAUCAAACCGAGAAUCCAAUCUAAUCAAAAAUUAUCCAGUAUAUGCGAAGAGCUCUUCGAUGCCUGUUUAGCGCCAUGCAAAAUGUGCGAUGGUACCGGGUGUGAUAAUAUGACGUGUAUAAUUGUAAAAGUUCGACAAGAAGGUGAUAACGAUGAAACCAAUGUCCAAGACGACUCAAAACAAACGACUGAAUCUAAAGAAACGCCAGCUUCUGAAAACAUGGUUAUCGAUUCGAACGAAGCUGAUGUUUCUGAAAGCGUCGAAGCUGAUACAAAAAAAGCUAAUGUCUCUGAGACUAACGAAGUCGACUCCACUCCAGCUGAGCUCCCACAGUCAGUUGACAGUUCUCAAAACAAAAAAAUCGAUGAAAAUAACGAAGCUGUUCCUAGCCAACAAGUCUCUGAAGCUGUACCUGUACCUGAGACAGAAGAACAGAGUGAUUCAUCGACACGUUUGAAAAGAUGCGCUGACUCGACAGAAGAAGGCGAGUGUCAAGCUAAGAGACAAAAGACUGACACGAACGUUGAUAGUUCCUGAACUACCGGUUAAUUUUCGCAUUAAAUGUAUUUUGUAAGGGAUUUUUUUUUACGUUCUAAAAAAAGUUGAGAAAUCGAAAAUGUGUCAAUUACUUGGCGCGUUUUAGGUGCUGCAAACGAAGCAUCGGAUACACAAAGUCAUAUCUAUUAUGUUAUUUAUUUCAGAUUUGUAGGAAAUUCUCUCCCGAUUUUUUUUUUUUCUUUGUAAGAUACAUUUUUAAAUAUCGUGGAUUUCUUUUAACUACGCACGUGGUUAUCUUUAAUUCAUCUUCAACUCGUCUUUCUUCGUUUUAUCAAAUAUAAGGAAGAGUACCCAAAUGGUAUAUUUUUAUUUUUAUUGUAUCACGUUUGUACAAGAGCUGAUCGCUUGAUAUGUCUCCUCUUUUAUGAGGAAUAUUCCAAUAUUCACCUUUUUUUUUUUUAUUAACUUACCCACGUUCCAUUAUGUUUUGUUUCUAUUUUUCUUUGAGAGGAGGAGGGGAAUUCGAGGCGCGUAAAAAAUAAUUUAUUUCCCUUGAAAAUUAUCGAUGAUGGGAGUUUGAUGAAAUUUACUAUAUUCUGGAAUGGUCAGAGAUCGAAAAACGCCUCAUUUGAAAGGAUAAUUUGUGUUAUCGAGUAAUAUUUUUUAUCAUGUUUUAUAUUAUUGUCCAUAAGGGCGAUUAGAAUCGCUUAUUUAUUUGUGUAUGUAGAUUUUUAAGCAUAUUAUGCAGUAGUAUAAUGUGAUUAAGAAUAUUCUUUAGAAUAAACUUUUUUUAUUUAA